CAACAGCCUCGCUGUUCAAUUCCUACCUUCUCUCCGUACGCGUUCUACCAUUAGAAACCUCGCUGUGGAACACCAAUCUCGUAUUCCACUUCUACGUACCCAACACGAUCCUCCAGGGGCCAUAAACAGGAAAUAAAUUCGUCAAAGUGGGACCAGUCAUCAAGUGAAUGCGACCUCAGCGCCAUCUAUGCGAAACACAGUACAGUAAUAGUGAAGAACAUCGGAAGUAAUCGCUGAAAGUUCGACUAAUAAUAUCGGAUAAACGGAAUCAGGAUAUAGGUACACGUAUAUCUGGACAUUUAUCCAAGUUGUGAGUGCCGAUGAGACAUAGAGGAACGUCAGAGACGACGGCCUGCGUGGCUGACGAGGCCUGUCGACCGCGCCUCUGGAUUCCAACGGCGGCGACACACUCAGCGCGCCCAUUCGAUCGUCGGUGAGCGUUCCCUCGGUGAAAAGAGUGUGUACCUGUCGGUGGAUCGGUACACGUGGAGGUAAGGGGCAACCAGGAGGACGUAGACGCCACUGGUGUACACCGCAUACCACAGGAGGACCUGGCUUGAGCGGCUGGUAGAGAAAGGUGGGAGAAAAAGGAUUGGUGGGGGGUUGAAAAAGGUUGGUAAGAGUCAGGCCGGGACGCGUUGGUAGAAAGAAAAACGGACUGACACAGAGGAGGAGAAGGCCAGGUAGAAGAGGAGACACGGCCAGGUAGCUAGUUGGUGGGGAAGUCGUCAGAAGGCGGCCAUAAUGGCCUGACGCGAUCUCUCGCGAGCGGCGGCUACAGCUGCUGCGAAAUAGCCGAGAGCGGCUCUCUCGUCCACGCACGCGUAUUUUGCAACCGGGCUACGUCUUUGGAAAGUGACUGCGUAAUCGCGAGUGGAGUGUGUUACCGGGUGGAGUCCUCUGUAUCGUUGUUCCGUGUGUACCUUUCAGUCGCGUGUGUUCCUUGAAUUCUAUUCAAUUGAAUCGAUGGUUACACGGUGUCCGAUGAUUCGAUGGUUCUGAAUGUUUGCUGGCUUCUUUACGCGUAGUAUGUUUCUGCUCCUCUUCCGAGAGUAUUCAUCUUGAUAGAAGAGGAUAAUAAGCCAAAACGACGUAGAAGAAUCAUCGCAAGAAUCUUCGGUCUACUGAUCAGUGAUCACUAGUAUUGGAUCCGACGGUCUGACCUAACGAACACAAAAAUGAGAGGUGCCAAUCAGGAUACGGCGACGCCGUACUGUCGCUGCAGAGUCCUUUACUUAGGCAGCUCGGUGCCCCAUGCGAGUAAGGAAGGUUUGCUAGGGGUGCAAGAACCUUUGAGAGAACUAUACCCAGAACAAGGUGCCUUGGGAGCACGUGGACUGGACUCCUGGCUGAGCGUCUGGAGCAACGGCCUGCUGCUGGAGAAUGUGGACGAGCACCGCAAGAAGGUCACCAGGUUCUUUCCUAUCGAGGCGCUGCACUACUGCGCUGCUGUUAGGCAUGUCAAAGGCGGAAGCGGCGAUGCCUCGAACACGAGGUUCCUUCCCUUGGACUCUCCCUUCGCUAGAACGCCAAGUGCCAACCAUCCGCCGCUUUUCGCCGCGGUUCUGCGACGGACCACGGGUAUCAAGGUUCUCGAAUGUCACGCAUUUAUAUGCAAGCGCGACAUGGCGGCCAACGCCCUGGUCAGGUGUUGCUUUCACGCGUACGCGGACAGUAGCUACGCCAAGGGCCUUGAUCCCUCUGCCGCGACGACCAACGGAGUCACCAGUGGACAUCCUUCGAAUAACAGUCUCUACCACACUCUAGGAGGAUCCAGUACUACCUUAGACAGUCCACAAGCGACUCGUUUAGACGCUACCUCAACAGACGACCUUAGCUUGUAUAAUGGAGAUGAGAAUCAUAAGGUCUGGGCCAGAGGUCGAGAAGAGGUAGACGGUUUAUAUCAGGAACAGGGGACUCUGAGAAGCACCAAGGGAUCCAGACCUCGUCAGCUGGUCGCUCCACCUCCUCCACCGCCUCCGCCCCCUCCACCUUCUCAACCUUUGCUCCUCGAGGAAUCUUCAUCGUCCUCAGUCCGCAGAAAAGCGAACAAGAAGCUCAAGAAGCUCAAGAACCGAUCCUCUCACGAAGAUCCCUUGCAACAAGCUCACCUUCAUCCUCAGUUGCAUCAAGGAAUAUACACUAAUGGCCAUGGACACCAUACUCUGGGUCAUCCAGUGAGGCAACAGCACUAUCAUCCUCAUCCUCUGCCACCUAGCAGUCGAUCAGUCGCAGGAACUUUGGCCAGACCAGCGCCAGUUUUAUUGGUACCAGCCGCAACUUUACCUAGGAAAGCUCACCAUCAUCCUAAAGGGCUCAGACCGAUUCCAGCAGCCGCUCCAAUCGUUCCGGUGUACGCUCCACUACCUGUAGUGCCUCCUCCACCCGCUGCAGCCAUUUAUCCAGCUGGAACUUACGGGACAGCUGGAAACAGAGGCAGAAGACAGCAUCUUGAGGCGGAUUCUUCGACCCUAGGAGCUUCCAGAAGACUGGCUGCCUCUCACGCGGAUCUCACCACCGCAGAGAUGAGCAGAGCAGCUGAUAGCCCAGAGAACGAGUCGCGUUUUGGAACUGGAAUCUAUAGAAGAAAGGGCCACUUGAACGAAAGAGCGUUCUCAUACAGCAUUCGCGCGGAGCAUCGUAGCAGAAGUCACGGAAGUUUGGCCUCUCUGGGCUUCAGCGGGCAAAAUGGAAACGCGCUGCCCAAAGAAGAGAAGAAGGACAGGGAGAUUGCUCAGUUGGUGGCUGGUUUGAACCUAGAUGACAGUCCUGAGAGGGUACAGCCGAUGCCAGCUAACUCGAGGAGCGGUUACUCGCACCAUCAGCAACAGCUUCAGCCUCUACCUAGGCCACGACCUCGUUAGGAAUUUUCUGGAUGUCGAUCCUUAUCGUAAUCAUGAGAAUUAUUCGAUGAGUCAAGUCUGGAAGUUAUACAGUCGGUCCAAUAUGAAGGCAGAUGUUGUUCUAUUUGGAUUCUGGUUGUUGAAGACACUUUGUUGCUUCAUGGUAAUGUGAAAAAGCUUGUUUGAGACUGGACCGUUUAGUCAGAGAUCAGACAGCAGUGUGAACAGACGAUUUGGACCGAUUGUCUUUCUGUUUGUUGAAUAAGAACGUAUGGUGUCGUCCAUUGUUUUGGAUGGAAAGUGAUUUUCAUAGGAAAUUUGGACUCGUUUUCUGGAGUCUAUGGACUGUUAAUCGAGGCACUAGUUUAUGGGGGAAAAGAUUGGUUCGUGGUGUUAGCGUGGAAAAUCGCGAUGGGUGGUCGAGUGCCCGACUGGUUCAGUUGGCUUUCGUUUCUUGGAAGAACCUUGCCCGAGUAGGAAAAUUACGGAUAGGCAAAAAGCUGAAGAACACCCGGCCUCAUCUUCGUCUCGCUGGUUUCUACCUGUGACCUCGAUCGUCUUAUCUCGAGAGUCGAUCACCUUUGUCGAAUUCAGGACUUUGAUCGUGGGAUGCAUCGAAAAAACUCGAGUAGAAAUGCAAUUCGAAUAAAUUGAGUUUUAAAGUAUUUUUGUUGAAUUUUCAGAUGGGGUUUUAGCAUUUUUAUUCUUUUAUUUAGAAUUUCUUCGGUUUUACUUAUAUCUUACUUGUUUUCUUCGUAAGUUUUCAACUUUUGCUAUUUCUACUUUUUAAUUUGGAAUUUUAUAAUUUUUAUCUAUGUCUCGAUUCUCUAUAUAAUUUGAAAUUUUUCGUUCUUUAACACUGAUUAUUUUUGUUGUCGUUUUUCGUUUGACAAAAGGUUCGAGAAUUUUUAUCGCGGCUGGCGGAAAAGAUUGACGACGACGUAAUAUUUUUGCGCGACCUUCCUGUCGCGAAAUGAACAGGCUAAUUGGACGAGCUCGAAUUAUUGUCGUCCAACGAAGAUCGUUCUAAUGGCUGGAGCUCGUUAGACACAGACACGCAACUUUGCAAUGUUUCCUCCGAGUUGGCAGAAUUGCAACUCUGUUUAGGAUCCUCCUUCACUAACAGAAAAUUACUCAGGAAUCGUAAAAAUUUUUCAACAAUCGAAAGGUCGUCUUUUUCCAAUAUUGCAAUCGUUCUUUAUUUGACAAUUCGUCAAUGAAUUUAUUGCGCACGAAUUUUUGAAAUUUCUACAAAUUAAUCAGAAUAUAAAAUGUUGUUUAAAACAAUUAGAGGAUUUAUUAAGGACCUUUUUAAGAAUUUUCUCUCUCUUUAUUUUGUAAACCUUAGAAUUUCUUAUACUCGGCUACAAUAUGGAAUUUUGUAUGAAACUAUUGGAAGAUCGUCUUUGUUUAAUGAAAUGGUCAUUCUUCGUUUUGUAAUUUUUCUCUGAAUUCGAUUGAAAUUUCUUUGUCGUAUUAAUGUUGAUAACCUCGCUAUAUUUUGUCAUAAUCGAGGAAUCGUAUCAGUGGUUUCCCCUAGAAAAGAUUACGCGACGGUUCGAAUCUCCGACGCACGAGUUACAGCCGACUUGCUCGUGAGAACGUGAACGUUAAUCUUAAUUGCAUGAGAAAAAGUUAUGCGGCGAGGGUUUCGAGAGCCUUAAGAAACAGAGAACUUUGCAUUUCACCGCCUUUCUUUCGUAUAAUGCUUCGGGAAAAGAGCGAAAUAAUUAAGACGCUUAGAAACCAUGCUGAUCAAUUCAAUGCAUUGAAGCACAGCAAAAUAUAACGAUAUUGCAAACAUUACUUUUAAAAAAUCUGUCUUGAAAUUUACAAUUAUUUAUCAUAAAUGAAUUUAUGAAAAUCAGUAAACUUGUUCCUCAGAAGUGAAAUGUCUCAUAAUAUCUAGGCAAUCUUGCGCAGUUAAACUAAUAUCAUUAGUAAGUCAGUAGUAACUUUUCUAUAUAAUAAUCAACAAGUUUGAUUUUAAACGAGAAACGAGAUUUUAAAAAUUGUGAUUUGAUUUUUUAUGGAAACUUUCUAAAGCGUAGAAUGCAUAUAGAAUGCGUGUAAGAUAAAAAAAUAUUCAAAGUGUAGUAAUCGUUACAAUAUUGAUUAUAAUAUGUUAUAAUUAGUUAUUAAAUUGUUGUGCAAGAAUGCUCAAAUAUAAUAAAAUUAACUAAUUUACAAAAGACAGGAUUGAGCAGAUUUUGAACUCCGAAAGAUUCUCAUCAAACAUUUUCUACGCCAAAAUUAUUCACCAAUAAUUUACACGAAUCUAUCAGAAAGUUAACGCAAACACGAAGAAUGAACGAUCAACGUUAUCGCUUUCACGACAAAUCAGGUUUCGUAAACGCGAUUAAUUGCGAACCGGCCUUGCGGUAUUAGCCUCAAAUCCUGUUACGACCGCUAAUUACUCAGAUCUAUGAAAUAUCCCACGCAACACACGAUAAUUACGAUCGUUUGCAUGGUGUUCGCUUCUUUAUCUUUUUAUUUGACCUGUAACGCGAUGAGAAAAAUGAGAGGAGAUUGUAGGGGCGCCAACAUUAACACGAGGGGGAUUUGCAUCGCAUUCCUUUGACGUACGGCCUCGUUUUUCCAUGAGAAAAUACAACGAUAAUGAACGACUAUUUAAUAACCACGGAGACAUCGAGAUUGCUUAAGUCUAAUAGUUCGACGCGAUUUCGCGCUUAUGAGAACGAAAUCUGGGAAAUCCCAGAUGCAAUCUCGAACACUGUGCAACAGUAUCACCAGCUUACAAAGCUGGCAAACACGUUCCAGACAAUUAACCUAACGAUCGUAAUUAGAACGCGGUUUAAUGGCGAGGAAAAUUUCGCGAGACCUCUGAUUCUCCACGUUCUAAUAAAAAAUUGAGAGAUCAUUUUGAUCUCUGUGCUUUAGAAAAUUGACACAGAUCGAUCCGAUUUUUGUCCUUGGCGAUAAUUUGAAAGAUGAUAUCAUUUCCUCCCCUUAUUUCGAGAUUGAAUCGAUGAAAUUUUCGUACUUUAAGAGAAAUAUUAAAAAUUAGAAGAGUGAGCCGAAUAGGUUGGAUUCUCGUUUUUCGAUAUAAUAAUUAUCAAUAAUUUGGCGAUAAUAAAUAUCAAAUUAUUUGAGAAAUAUCAUCAUUUCCUACUUUAUUUGGGGGCUAUAUUAUCGUUAAUUUCAAAGAAAGAUAGGUAUCGUUUUAGAAGGAUGAUAGAAGUACAAUAUUUUCGGAAAUAAAUGAAUCCAUCGAGCAUAUUUGGAUUAAUAAGUCGAAAAUAUUGAAAGAUUAUUUUUUAAUUAAGAUAAAUUCUUCGUCCGUCGAAAAAAUUACGUGGAAGGAUUAGAAACUUAAUUAACAGCAUCGAUGAAAGGGAAAAAGGAUCUGAAUUAAUUACCUGAAAUUUUACUAUUCGAUUCAGACGCGCGUGUUUGCUCAAGCAUCGGGCAUGCCUGUUUCGAAACUGGUUACAGAUACCUCGUAUGCUCGGAUGAAUACACAUUCCUAUCGUCGCGUAUGCAUAUACAAUUAGACUCAAUUAUUAUCGAUUCGUGGCCGACGCGAGUUUGUUACGCUUGCCGCGACAUAUUUCGUCAUUCGACGUAGUUUUUCUCUCUGGCUUUCUCAUCCGUGCACUUUGAAGAAAUAUGUACUUUACUCCGAUGAAAAUGAAAAAUAUCUUUAUUUAUCGAGUCAUCCGUCUUGUUUGACUUUGAGAAUAUUUUAAAGUUGUUUUUAUAGAUUUAUUAUAAGCCAUCGAAUACGUACUUAUGAAUAUUAUUUAAAUAUUUAAAAAACCAAUGCAUUUGAAGCUUCAGCUUCAAGAAUAAUCCAUGGUCAUGAGACUGAAAGGAAUCUUUCGUUAAGUAAAAUAAUGUCAGUGUGUUAUAUUUAAUAAUAUCGGUAAAUAACAAUGAAUAAUUUCAUCAGUAAAUCCGCAUUUCCUUGAAAAACCGGCAAAAUUACUUCCAUCGAUCUUAUUAAAUGAAGAAUCGAACGCUAUUGUAAUUUCUUCAGCUUUUAAACGUUUCAUAAUCACUCGGGAGGAGCAAAUCUUUUUUUAACUCCUUGUUUUAUUAUUAAAAGACGUCAAUCGCCUGUCUGUGGCUGGAAGGAAAACAAAAUCGGAAAGAUUACAACGUCUACGAUUCUCGACGUUCCUUUCUUGCUAGUCGAGAUUGCGCAGCGAUCUUCUGACAGGACGAGAAAAAGGACCUAAAAGGAUUAAAGGCAUAACCGUGGUUAAUGAUCGGCAGACGAACGUAUGCAAAUGAAUAGGUAUCGCGCAGCAUUGCCUGGAAGCGUUGCUUUUUGCUGCUCGCGCUUCAUCGAUCGCAUUGAUCGACUCGGUGAAAAGUGUCGCUUCGGUUUCGCAACGAGUUUCUCCGUUCUCGCGACACGUAACUCGCAACGAUUGCAAUAAGAGAGAGAGAGAGAGAGAGAGAGAAAGAAAAAUCUGGAGAAAAAAAGAAUGAAUUGCGUGGUAAUUUCAAGGUAUCGCGAGUGCAAUGGACCGAAUUAUGCCGCUGAAUAUAUUAUUCAUAGAUAGCAAAAUCCCACGUGCGUUGCAUGAUUUCGUUCAGCAAGGUCGUAGAUACAUUUUCGAUGGAAGACUUGAAAGGAGAAUUGAAAACAAUCUUUCGUGGAGCAAGAUACAUAAAAUAUAGCGAAAUUUUCAGGAAUUAGAGAAAUUCUGCAUCGAAACGAAGUAAUUUGCAAAAAUUGCUAGAGUUUGCAAAGGCGCGAUUAAAAUGAUGUUAAUAAAUAAAAUAUAUGAAGCUGAAUAAAGAAUCUUUUUCAUAAUAAGAUAUAAAAUUCACAAGAAAUGCAAGAAUUGUUCAUACAAACGAAGAAAUCGCUGAAAAUCCGAAAAAUUCGCAAGUUUUUCAUAAGAACCACGUACAGAGUUGAUUUUUCCAAAAGAUAUAUUCACGAUCAAUUAUUUCGUCUAUUCUUGCCUUCACGACGUAGUUAUGGGUUUAACAAACGGAAAUAAGUACGUGGACAGGCCACGUAAUCGCUUUUCGUAACCACAUUCGGUGGCCGAAGGAGUUUAUGAAACACUGACGACCCACUGACACUUAUCAGGCAACAAACUGAAGUCUCUAUCUUGCGACAUGACGAAAAUUCCUUUCACUGUUCGCAAAUUGAUUGUUCUCGAGUGGACCUUCAAUUCUGAUGGCGUCACUAUCUCAAACGAAUCUAAAUACAGUGUCGUUAUAGCAAUCAGAAUGUUUCGAAAAUUUCUGUGAAGAAAUUUCAAUGUUAAUUCGAUUUUAUGCAAACGAUCUUCCAAUUGUUCUGUUCGUUAUAGUACUAAAAAUGAUUUGCUAAAUUGGCCACUAAAAGUCAGAAAGAACUGGAAAAAUACACAGAAGAAAUCUCAAUUUCAGUUGCAUUUUAUGACAAGGAUCUUCCAAUUGUUUCAUUCGUUAUAGUAAUAAAAAAAAAAAGAUUUGUCAAAUUGGUUAUCCAAUUUUCCACGCUACAAUCACAAAUUCUUCCCUUCGACAGCGAAUCGUUAACUGUGCACGCAACGAGUGCCGUAGCUUUUAUUCUGUAAAAGUUCGAUAAACAGCGACAGCUUUAGCAAAGCGUUAGCGAAGCGUUAGCCAGCAUGGGAAUCAGUGCCAAACGCCAUAAAUUGUCCGACUUUGCAAAAUUGUAUCGCGACUGUUUUUGCUCCUUUCAGAAUGUCACGUUUAAUUCCUUCGCUGUGCUGAAUUUAACAGAAAGAAGUGUCCUGUUCCUUCAAACUUAAUGGGGAUGACACGCGAGUUUUCGUGAAUUCGCCUAGUCAUUAAGGUUAUCAGGCUGGAACGGAAGUUUCGCUCGUUUGUUCCUCGAGGUUGACAAAAAUUAGUUUUAGUAGCCUUUUUAACACGUUGCCUACCACGAUGAACAUCGGUCACCUACGUUACUAUAUUUUUUUAGUAUGUUUAAAAGAAGAUAAAUUUCAUGUACUGAAAAAUUAUUAACAAUAUGAAUGACUUAGACAUUGUUAAUUAGACAUUGACAUUGUUAGAACAAGGUGCGCAAAUGUGAUAUAAUAUUUUGUAAAAAUCGAACAUUACACGAUGCGGUGUAUUUCAAUGUAUUGCGAAUCCCAGUGCAAAAUAGUAUAUGAAUGUGUAUAUAAAAUUCGCGUGGCAGUCAACGUGUUAAUUAUCAGGUGGUACCAUAAGUAAUCUCUAGACAGCGGAUUUUUAUGCAUUUAUAGGAAAUUUGAAAAUACAAAAUUGUAGAGAAUACACAUAAUGUAAAAUAUCCAAAGCAGAUUGCGCUUUCUAUGAUGCUUGGUAGGUAAGACAAUUUUCUACCAAAGUUCUACUUUUUUAAAUAUAUAUUCACAAAUAUAUAUGUAUUCAUAACAUAUUUAUAUUCUCGAAAAUAUGAAUUUGCAUAAAAAAUCCGCGAUCUAGUAAUCUCACUUUCUAUUUUGCGUCUUGAUUCGUAAGAUAAAAUGAAAUAAUACAUAGACUGCGGAUUUUUACGCGAUUAUUAUUACGCGGGAUAUUUGAAAAUGCAAAACUACACGGAGUACACACAAUAUGUGCAGUAAUACAAAGAAUAUCCGAAGUUAUGAUAUUUUAGCAGGUAAAGAAAAUUUCUGCUUAGGUUCCAUUCUUCCAGUUGCGGACAGACAAAUUUUUGGUUUGCAUAAAUAUCCGCCGACUAAUAACAAGUAGUACGAAGAUUUAAUAUCGAUGCUAAUAUAACGCGCAACCAUUGAAAAUACUUUACGAUAUAGUAAAACCAAUAUCACAUAAAAUGAAAGUUAUACUCUUCAUUCCUGUGCUAACUUUAAUACAUUUAUUUUAUUCUAAAGUAAAAUUUACUCGAAAAUAAAAUGAAAGUAUUGAAAGGGAUACUAAAAAUACUUUGUCCGCUUUUCGUCGAGCUUAUCGAAUUUGUUAUUCGUAAAUUUAGCUUCACAGCGAAAGGAUCGAACGAAAUCUCGAAAGAGCGACACACGGCUGCCUUCGACGUCCUCGGUUCUUAAUCGCGAUCGAGGACAAGGUUAACAGUUCCGUAACAGAGAUCAGCCCGGUGUCAUAAAGGAAGAAGAAAGAAUCGAUCUUCGAGAGUUGCAAGUCGAGCAGGAGGUGUGCAACUGGAACUUAUUUAUUUAAUCGUAUGUGCCAGAUGAUUGUAUAGGAAGUUUCAACCAGUGGAGUGUUUUCAACUCGACGAUAAUUAUUGUACUCGAAACAAACCCUUCGAUCGAACAGAAUCGUCUAAAUCGUGGCAAAUAUUUGCAGAGAAAAGUUCUCUUAUAUUCCUUCCUCGAUGAAAUUCAACCUUCGAUAAUAAUUGCAUUGCGGAUAACAAAAAGAUAUCGUGUUUUACUCUGCGAAUAAUUGUACAUUUCUGUUGAAGGGUGAAACGAAUCGUUCACGGUCGAUGGUAGUUACAGUUUCUUAGGAUUUUCUCGCAGGAAUUAUUGUUAUUAACUCUUCGUUUGACGAAUAAAAUCAACACUAACCGUUAAAGAGUAAAGCAAAAGAGAAAGAGGUGAAAAGAAAUUAACAGAUCAAGGGAGAAACGGGCUGUUCAAACGAAGAGUUAAACGAAAAGCGGAGAUUGGGCCAUUCAGAAGUCAAAUUUAUCGAAGACUCAUUUUUUACAAUCUUUUUAUUUUAUUUCGAUAAUAAUAAUAAUAAUAAUAAUAAUAGUAAGUAAAUUAUUGUUAAUCAUUAUUUACUAGAAUAUAUGAUUUUACGUCGUUUAAUUUUUGAAAAAACACAAGAUAGAUGUCGAUGGAGUUGAUAAGUUUGGUUUCUGUGUGACUCAGUUGCGCGAGAGCAUGACGAAGCGCAAACGAUUAUUUAUUUAUCGUGGUCUGUGCUUGUUUCGCGGACGUGUACCGUAAUGAAAAUGUAUUUAUCACACGGCGAACGCGAUGGAGUCUUCUCGCAUCUGUUUUCUGGUAGCUUCGUGUCGCCCUGCAUAAUGCAAACUUCUCUCGUGACACGCUUAUGUCUACAUCCAUCCUCUUACGUAAGCCUUUUAAAGAUCACCGAUUCGAACAUGCAGAGUGCUAUUUCCUUGUGCACGAAAUAUUCAAUAAAUGUCGAGGAGUUUCCCUUUCAACUAUUUAUCUUGUAUUUUUUUUGGAAUAUCUGUGUAGUUUAAAAUUAAAAAGAACAUCAACUCAGGUAUUCUUUUAUUCUUCAAAUAACGUAAUUUUUGUUUCUAUCGAGAUCUAAAUUGAAAGGAGGCAUAAAAAUUAAAAUUUCGCUGUUAUUGAUUAAAGUUUAUCGCUGUUAGCCACUUUGUUUAAGAAAAUAAUCUUUCCUCCGGAAGAAUGCUGUUGGAAAUCGUAAGAUGAAAUAAUUUUAUCCUCGUCAUUUUGGAAGAUUGACAGGCAUAUCUGAUUUAAUUCGAUUCAAUUUUGUUGUGUUCCGGAUUUUUUAUUUUUUAUUCUAUAUUUGAUCUCUAUAGCGUGCGCAAAAGUAUCGUGAUAAAUUUUGUAAAUUGGAUAGUAAGCAUUCUGCAUGGGACGAGUUCGAUUGAAGCUCGAAGAGGAGAGCGAAGACGUUUCUUCUAAAAAUGGCGCGCAUGAAGUACCAGAAGCGGAGAUCCGUCCUAUCCUCUUGAAUUACUUGUGAACAUAUUAUGUAUAUUGUUACGUGUCGAUUGCCAUGCAAGAUUAAUUAAUAAUAAACUAACAAUGCAACUAAAAA